AUGGGAAGUAUAUUUAAUUAUAAUGGUGGUUGUGUAUUAGGAAUGAGUGGGACUGAUUGUGUUGCAAUUGCUUGUGAUUUAAGACUUGGUUCGAAUGGAUUUACAACAGUUAGUACAAAUUUUACAAAAAUUUUUAAAAUGAAUGAUUAUGUUUAUGUUGGAUUAAGUGGAUUAGCUACAGAUAUUCAAACACUUUAUGAAUUAUUAAGAUUUCGUGUAAAUUUAUAUCAAAUAAGGCAAGAAAAAUUAAUGGAUGUAGAUUGUUUUUCUAAUAUGUUAUCAAGUAUAUUAUAUUCAAAUAGAUUUUCUCCUUAUUUUGUUAAUCCAAUUGUUGUUGGUUUUAAAAUUAAACAUUCUAUUGAUGAAAAAGGAAAUAAAACAUCAACAUAUGAACCUUAUUUAACAGCAUUUGAUUUGAUAGGAGCAAAAUGUGAAACAAAUGAUUUUGUUAUCAAUGGUAUUACUAGUGAACAAUUAUAUGGAAUGUGUGAAUCUUUAUAUAUAAAAGAUCAAGAUGAAAAUGGAUUAUUUGAAACUAUAUCUCAAUGUAUAUUAAGUGCUCUAGAUAGAGAUUGUUUAUCAGGAUGGGGAGCAGAAGUUUAUGUUUUAACACCUGAUAAAGUUAUUAAGAAAAGGUUAAAAGCUAGAAUGGAUUAA